GCACAACACCUGCCACAUAGACGAGCCAUGAAGCAAGCUCAAUUUGCUACUCGCCUCUACAUCCUCUCACAAUGAUCACCGCUGAGAAAACACAGUACGAUGCCUUCGCCCCGAAAUAUGCUUCCGUCGAGGAGCUCCCCUGCUCAAAGCUUGAGGCCCAGCUUGUCCGCAUCGCCCUAGGUGACUGCACUGGUCUCAAGGUCCUUGACCUUGGCGGUGGCAGCGGCCUCCACGCCCGGCGCGCUGUCGAUGCUGGUGGCGCCGUCGUCGACGUCGUCGACAUCUCGCCCGAGAUGAUGCGCGCCGGGCAGGACGUCGAGACGCAGCUGGGCCGGCAAGGCCGCAUCCGCUGGUUUGAGGCCGACGUGACGCGGCCGCUAGCCGAGCAGGUCAAGGAUGGAGAGUUGCAGCUCGGGGGAUACGAUCUGGUCAUGGCAAACUGGGUGUUCGACCAUGCCACGUCCAUAUCCGACCUGAGGAGCAUGUGGGAAAAUGUGUUUGCUGGCUUGAAGCCCGGGGGGAGGUUUAUCGGAGUGAGGGCAAAGAGUGUACGAGCCGAGUACAUGAGCUACGGCAAGUACGGCGUCACGUUUACCGAGGUUGAGGAGAUUCCUCAUGGCCUGAAGUAUAAAGUUGGGUGCGUGACCGAACCGCCGUUUUCGUUUGAGGCCACGUCGAUGGAGUCGACCUAUUCGCUUUCUGACGAUAUUGCUCACGAACUUGGGCUGGUCGAUUUCCAGGUUAUCCGGCCGGAGGAGACCGACAUUGUCAAGAAUGACUUGGGGUUCUGGGAUGACUAUGUCAAGGAUCCUAACUUUGUUGUGGUAGUGGCAAGGAAAGCAUAAGGUCGAGGUUAAUAUGUACAGCGCCUGUAGUGAGGAUGUUACAAUCCUUUAACAAUAUAAUGUGAUGUUUGGUCUUGCCAACCCAGACCUCGUUCGAGAUGACAGCGUCAGCAGCA